GCCGCUGGUUGUUUAUAGCAACGCCAGGCAUGCAGCACCAUGUCGCCUAUAUGGAGAGUUGUCAUAUGGCUGUUCUGCGGUGUCCUGCAGUGUGUGACAGUUGGCACUUCCACUACAGGUCCCACGGACAACCUGUUCACUGACCUACACGACAACCAGACGUGGGGUGAUGCUGAGGGAUACAAUGCAACCCUGCCAGCUGGGCAUGUGGCUGGCACAAUGGUUGAUCCAUUACCUAAUACCGAAGCAGCUGUAAACGAUAGUGCAGACUCAGUCCAGUCUUACACAAACACAUCAACUGCUAUUCUUCCUCAUAGCGAGACGCUGACCGUUACCCCGGAAUCAGGGAUAUGGAGCACUGCAGCCUCAACGCCGCCAACUGCACACGUUCUCACGGAUCAACCCAUAACUGCAAGAGAUCCUAGCUACCCCGAGUACCCCCAUCAGCGGCUAUUACCCUCUCCAGUCACUAGCGUGACAAGCCUGUGUGUUUGUGACCUGCUUGUGGCCCAGUGUGAUGUUAACUGUUGCUGUGAUCCCGAAUGCACUGCUUCAGAUUUCAGCGUCUUUAGUGAAUGUUCAGUUUCGGUUGUCCAAGGAGACGGUCAACUGUGCACACAAGAAGCUGUUUUUUAUUCAAUCAAUUCUUCAAAGACGCCGGAAAGAGUUGUCCAAACUGUUGAAUUGACUAAUCCAAAUAUUUUCUGCAUUCAAGCAACAAAUUAUCCACCGGCGCUAUCAUUUAUUACGCCUACUGUCCCAACACAGAGUAACUUUGAUAAUUUUCUCAAAGAAUUUGGUGGAAUUUAUUUUAAUGCUGAACCUGAUGCAUCAAAUACAGUAGCUUCCCAAACAAGAUAUGAGUAUGGCUCCUCUAUCCAAACUGCCGACGAGUCGUAUCUAAAGAUUCCUGCUCCUCUGGGUACAAAAGUAUGCACAGAUAGUAACCCAGUAGGUUUUCUGGUGAAUCAUGAUUUCACUUGUAGUCGAAAUAUACAGAUAGAAAAUUGUUCCUUACCUGCACUGACUCUUGGAACGUACCUAAAUGUGUCUAUUUGGUCUGAACCAAGCAUGAAAAACUUGGUUAAUAUUACUGUGCAAUCCAUUUUUAUGAAGUCUCUGGAUGGUACCCUGUCCCCAGGCAUCUUCAGUGAUAAUACACCUUUUUGGGAUAGUAAUCAGAAUAUUUGUACAGAUGUAGUUUUGGGGGGAAGCUACCUUAUUACGUACACAGAUAAAGGAGAGAUUACAAAUAUUACAGCUUCAUUUAUCUUGGGCACUAUCAAUAGUGCAAUGGUUCCACUUCAGCAGAACUUCAAAAUUAAUUUCAUACAGGCACAGGUGACUGGCACAACAUCGCUCAGUGGGAACCCAGGCUAUGUUUUCGGAUUACCUUUAGUCGCUGGAUUUAAAUUACCCCAAUCAGGCAUUAUUCAAAGUACAGACAGAUUUGGACAACUAACUCUUCUUAAAAGCUCAACCAACCAAAACUGUUUAACAGAAGAAGGCAACAGAGUUGCUGUGUUAUUUGGUUAUAACAUGAUAUCGGGUUGUACACUGCAGUUCACUUCUAAUUGUGCUCUUGCAGCUGAUAUUGUUCUAAACACUAUAAUAGGCCAGCAGUUUCCAGAAUAUGUGGCCACAUUUGGGAAUUCUCAACCACAAAAUGUUGCGGACUGGGUGCCAAUCACUAUAAGUUCUACACAAGAACCAGGCACUGAGGAUAAGUGUCAAAUUCCAGUGUCGUUUGAAUUAGAAGUGAAAUGGACUAAAUAUGGAUCAUUGGUUAAUCCUCAAGCAAAGAUUGUGAAUGUGUCGCAAAAGAUUACUCAUGCUUUAAUACCGAAUUCAGGAAGUGAAAAUAUUUUGCAGAUCUCCACUUCCGUUACCUUCACUGAUGUCUCUGCACCUGCAGAGCCUGGUUACAAAGCUCAGCCAACCAUUGAUGCUAAAUUGCCCUUUGAUUUCUUCUACCCAUUUGUAUAAACUGACAGCAGGUAACAUAUUAGCUGGCUGUCAUUUUUAGCUCUACAAAUAUUAAUCAGAAUCUGUAAACAAUUUAACAGUGACGUGCGAAAACGACCCUGGUUUGCAGCAGAAUUAUACAGUUUGGCCCACAUUAGGUAAAAAGAGACAUAUAUGGAUUGGCUGUUUCUUACAGGCAGAUUUGCACAUUUCAUAGCACUGCUUUUUAUUAUUUUAUUGCAAAAGAAAAGGUAAUACAGGCAAGUAUUCAGAAAUCUUAACGGUUUUGUUAUUUAAACAUAUCAAUGGAUUCUUGUGCAUAUUAUUUAUGUGCUGGUACACCUAAUCAUACUAUAAGAAAUAAAAAAAAGAAAAUUGUGUAUUUACAAGAAACCAUAACAGAUAAAGUAAUAAUCUGGAGUGCUAUGCUAUUCAGUGAUAAUUUGCUAGUUAUAAAAAUUUACAGUUCUGGAAAAUAUUUUUGUCUGACAUGUUUUUAAAAGUUUUAUAAAUGUGUAAAAAUAUUUAUUUAUAAAUUUACUGGUAUACUUUGUAAAAAUGAAAGAAAAAUAAAGUUGAUUUAUAUUAACGCAUAACAAA